GUUGCGUGUCUGUGUGUCAAUGUUUUUGCAUGGUGUUUGGUAUUUUAUUUGCUACUUUUGACAGUACAAUUAAUAAAAAAAUCGUUUUUAUUUUAAUAAAUGCAAGUGGAGUGGUCUAUAGCUAUCGAAACAUUAAGUAGUAUCUAUCAUGGAUCUGAAAACGUUCGGAGAGGACGACUUCGAUCCAAAGAAGUGGAUCAACAAAGCAUGGAGCGCUAGUGGCAAUCAAGAAAAAGAGGUUUUUCUUGCAAACACAGUCUCAAGGUUGCAGCUUUAUAUGAAGCAGUUAACAAAUUCAUUGGACGAGACAACAACACAGGUAGUAUCAUCGAUCCCGCGGGUGUUACAAGAAGCUUCCUCGUUACACCGCGAGGGGGCGGUGUUACAACAACAGUUGGACUCCCUCCAACAGAUGGCGCGCGGUGUCGAGCAACAAACCGGACAUUCCAUACAGAGCCUGCACAGAAUAGAUUACCUGAAAACGAGGCUAGAGAACGCCGCAUCAGCGUUGCGCGAGGCCGACAAAUGGGCAGCAUUAGCUAUGGGCCUAGAAGAAGUGUUGGAAGCAGGGGUGCCAACUGACGCUGAGAAACUGGCACAAUUGGCUGAACAGGUGGCAGCAAUGACUGCCAGUUUAGAGGUGUUGAGUGACGCCCCCGAUUACGAGAACAAGAGAAUGCAAUUAGAGACUUUGUACAACAGAUUGGAAGCCGCCAUUACUCCGCCACUCAUAGAUGCGCUUACGCAAAUGGAUACUGCUCACACGCCGCGUUACGUGCGUAUACUGGCGGGCAUGGGGCGCGGUCGGGCCGCGGUCGGGUGCUGGGCGCGUGCGGGCGCGGGGCGGGUUAUAACCGCGUGGAGGCGUUUGGACGCGCCCGCUACGGCGACGCUUGUUACUCUGCUAGCACCGGACGCUGCUACACAGUUGGAUUGGCUGACAAACGUUUUAAAAUGCGACACACCGCUCGCGGAAUUAUUGCGGCUGUACACAGACGUGAUGCUGUCGCUAGAUCCAUCACCGACUAAGGUGGUUUCCGCUAAUCUUAAACUCUGCUCCAACCCCGAGGAAGGAAUAUUGAUGCUGACUGACCUGAGGUGCGAUAUUGACGGACUGAUUAACUGCGUUAGGGCGGUUGUAGACGCGCCGAGGCAAAAUAAGGAGACCAUACCGUCGGGUGUGAUAAGAGAUUUCGGUCGCGCUGCGUACGCGCCGCUCAGAGAAUCAUUGCCCACUUACACGGAGCUUCAAACGCAAUUAUUGUUGGCUCAGUUGAACGAUCCGCAGCUUAAACAGGAGGAUCUUCUAGAGUGUUCUAGAGCUAUUUUGUCAGUGGCGGAACGCACUGAAGGGUGGAUUUCCAACGCUUACAAUCGUGCCAAGAAAAUAGCUGGUAUCGCCUCAUAUCCUUACUAUAUAUCUGCUGUCGAUAGUUUAAUAACAUCCAUUUCCAAUCUCAUAUCAAUGCACAGUCGUCGUAUAGAAACGGCUUUCCUGUCUUCGAUUAGCGAGGGGGGAAGUGGGGGGGUACUUUCGGCCUCCUUCCCGGCCUCGUUGACGCUGGAGGCCGCGGCCUCGGCCUUACUGGAUGUUAUCACUGCUAGGCAGGAGUUGGAGGCUAGAGAUGAAGAACCAAAGGACCAGCAUCCUCUCUUGGACUUACCCACAUUCCUACUGGACAAUGACGUAAGGCAGCGACUGCCGACUUUAAGGGCGGAGCCCUGGGGCUCCGGCGCGGCCUUGAGGAGGGCUAAGGAACAACUAAGGGGGCUCGGCAGGGCGAUACUUAGGAACCCUGUUGAUGUGCAACUUGAUAAAAUACCGCAGCUUCCGGUGUGGAACAACAACGAUGCAUUGUCCACCGACCUGCCGGACUUCGCUCUGUCACCCCAGGAAUACAUCACCGAGAUCGGGCAGUAUUUAAUGACUUUGCCCCAACAUUUGGAGAUGCACAUAUCGGAGAAACAGGCGCCCUGGCAGUUUUUAUCUGAGGUUUGCACGCACACCUGCGAAUUGUACGCUGAGAAGAUUCUCAAUAUCAGAAAUAUGGACGCGCUGGGAACCAAGAGAUGCCUCACAGAUAUUGUAUACUUGUCCAGCGUGGUCGAAGACCUUGGCAGUAAUGUGACCCCGGCCCUUAAGAAUUUGGAGAAGUCUCUGCGAGCCGCCACCCCCAGCCCAAACGAAUAAAUUAUUUUACCUAAAGACAAUUUUACUAGAAAAAAUUCCACCUGGACCAGGAAGCAGACGGGACUCGAACCAGCACCCUCCGCUAUCCGGACGGAUGCACUGACCAUCAUGCUACCGCGGCCCUGACGAUCGUGUCGAAUUUUCUCUAGCAAUAGGCUGCAAGGCAGCGCCAUCUCUUCGCAUUGUUGGUACAAUGUCAAAUGAAUACCUUUACAAGUAUUAAAGAUUUGAAAGAAGAAAUAGCAAAUAUAGUUGUUUUUAUUUUUUUAAGCAUUUAACUGCUGCUGUCGGCUGCCUGGUCCGGGUGGAAUAUUUUCUAGUAAACUUUUCUUUAGAUUUUAA